AUGGCUGAUGUACUUGGCAAAGGAGAUAGAGGCAAAGGAAAACCUCCAAAAAAACCUCCCCCAAAAGGUGCAAGAACCACAGAACAAUCACCUUGGGAUAUUAUUGUCCCAGAUAACCCGGAACCAAAGUCAAAACCCUCAAAGGAACCAGGCCACCGUUCAUCACACAAACCGCACCGAACUACAACACACAAGUCGAAGCCGCAUAAAAGCACCACGAAAAAGCAUACAACGACGAAAUCGGCGACCACCAGAAAAAGUACUACCACUAUGGCGAGCACUGGAAAAAAGACUACCAUUACUAAAAAAGCGACCACUUCUGCAGAAGAGACGACUAUUCCUGCGAUGACAACUACUGGAGAGAUCCUGACAGUAGAGCUUUUCAACGCGACUGACGCGGUGAGUGAAGCAGCAAUUCAGCAUAAUUACCAUGGGCAACUUCGCGCCCUCAGAAAUGUUCCAUGGGUUCAACUUCGUAACUAA